UGGAUGGAGGUCUGGCUCUGUCAUCUCAUAAACCAAAGGGGAAUUUUUUUUUCGCUCUCACUCUUCUCCAGCAACAAAGACCAGGAUGGAAAAGUCAUUGUGCAUGCUGCCUGCAGUGCUUUUUCUGGGACUUUUGACACACGGUGCUGCAGCACUGAUAAACACCCCAGCACCGACUAAGAGUUAUGCAUUAAUCGACUACACAACAACAAGGCCAACUGUGAAUUGGACCGAGGCUGUGACUGUGAAGGGCGAGAGCAGGGACGGAACGACUCCAGCAACAGCAGAGCCAGACAUUUUCACCACCACUGUCAGAGACAAACAGCUGGACACCACGGACACCAGCAAAGAAAGAAACAAGAAAGAGAAAGACCCAAGAGACCGCAAGACUGAAGAUGACAAAUCAAAACUGGACUGUCCUCCCCUCGGCCUGGAGUCCCUGCGAGUUGAUGACAGCCAGAUUCAAGCUUCGUCCUACCAGCGGUCGGGGCUGGGUCCUCACAGGGGGAGGCUGAAUAUCCAGUCUGGCAUUGAGGAUGGAGAUCUGUAUGAUGGAGCUUGGUGUGCCGAGUAUAAGGACCGGCACCAGUGGCUCGAGGUGGAUGCCCUUCAUCUCACUCUGUUUACUGGAGUCAUUCUGCAAGGGCGAAACUCCAUCUGGAGUUGGGACUGGGUCGAAACCUACAAAGUUCAGCUGAGUAAUGACUCUGUAACCUGGCAUACCUCCAUGAAUGGGACACAGGAAGCGCUAUUUGAAGGAAACCAGAAUCCUGAGACGCCGGUUCUUGGGCUCCUUCCUGUUCCCACCGUUGCCCGUUUCAUCCGCAUCAACCCACAGACCUGGUACUCCAACGGGACCGUCUGCCUCAGGGCUGAGAUACUUGGCUGCCGUGUUCACGAUCCAUCUGACAUUUACUCAGCGCAUGAAUCAGGAUCCAAGGAUGCUCUGGACUUUAGACACCACAACUACAAAGAGAUGAGAAAGCUCAUGAAGUCUGUGACGGAGGAGUGUCCCGACAUCACCCGCGUCUACACUAUAGGGAGGAGCUACAUGGGCCUCAAACUCUAUGUUAUGGAGAUCUCAGAUAACCCGGGCAAACACGAACUCGGGGAACCUGAGUUUCGCUACGUGGCAGGGAUGCAUGGAAAUGAAGCUCUUGGUCGAGAGCUUGUCCUAAACCUCAUGCAGUAUAUGUGCAAAGAAUACAAAAAGGGCAACCAGCGUAUAGUACGGCUGGUCACGGAGACACGAAUCCACCUCCUGCCCUCCAUGAACCCAGAUGGAUAUGAAGAGGCUUAUGUGAAGGGUUCAGAACUGUCUGGAUGGGCUGAGGGACGAUACAGCUUUGAAGGAAUCGACCUGAAUCAUAACUUCCCAGACCUGAACAACAUUAUGUGGGACACCCAAGAAAAAGCAGCAGAUAAAUCCAAAGUGCCCAACCACUACAUUCCCAUCCCAGAAUACUACACCAAAGAAGACGCCACAGUUGCACCAGAGACACGUGCGGUCAUCAGCUGGAUGCAAGACAUUCCCUUUGUGCUCAGCGCCAACCUCCAUGGUGGAGAGCUUGUUGUUACCUAUCCCUUCGACUGCACCCGUGACUGGGCGCCACAGGAAGACACUCCAACAGCAGACAACGCCUUCUUUCGCUGGCUGGCCUCGGUCUAUGCCUCGACUAACCUGGUGAUGGCUAACCCGGACCGACGUAUCUGCCACUACGAGGAAUUUCAGUCACACAACAACAUCAUCAAUGGCGGAGCCUGGCACACGGUUCCCGGCAGUAUGAACGACUUCAGUUACCUGCACACCAACUGCUUCGAGGUGACCGUGGAGCUGUCCUGUGAUAAGUUUCCUCAUGUUAGUGAACUCCCCAUCGAGUGGGAGAACAAUAAGGAGUCUCUGCUGGUUUACAUGGAGCAGGUUCACAGAGGCAUCAAAGGUGUGGUCAGGGACAAGCUCACCAAAAAAGGAAUAGCAGAUGCUAUAAUCAAGGUGGAGGACCACGACCAUGACAUCCGAUCAGCCGCUGAUGGGGACUACUGGCGUCUUCUGAACCCAGGCGAGUACAAGGUGAUCGUUUGGGCCGUGGGUUACUUCCCAUCCAUGCGUCGGUGCAAUGUCGGCAUGGAACCAAAUCCCACCAUCUGUGACUUCAUCCUCACCAAAACACCCAUCCAGAGGUUGAAGGAGAUCAGGGCCAAAGGGGAGAAGAUCCCGCAGGAUCUUCAGCUGCGUCUUCGUGCUCUGAGGCUCCGAAAGCUACGGGCUAGCACCAAGGCCAUCAACCGCCGCAGGGAGGGUCAGCGGAUGAGAAAAGCUCGGUCUUCUCAAGCCUGGAAAGCAUGAGAGGAGAUGGGACAACGGGUUGAUGAACUGUCCGCUGGGAAAAAUUACAUUUCUGCUGUUAAAGGAGCUCACCUGGUUAACAAAAAGUAUUUCUGAAAUAUCAAAACAUGCAGACCGUUUUAUGUCUCUGACACUGUUCUCAGUUUGGGGACCCUUCAGGCUACGACAGGCACACAAACUCUUAGAGACAAUGUAAUUGCAGAAGGUUUUUAAAUUGGUUCAAGUAUCCUUAAAAGUUACGCAAAAGACUUCCUAAAUUGUGAAUUUACUGUUUUUUUUUCCUUUUGUACAUUAAUUAAGGUGAGGAUUUCAGUGUCAGCUGGCCUGAUGUCAUACUUUUUUCUAAAAGUGUUUUUUUAUUUUAGUUUGGUUGUCUGACUAAAGUCCAACUGGACCAAUAAAGUUAAAUAACUGUGUUAUCCAGCGUAUUUAAUCUGAACCUAAGGUUAACAGAAGUGGGAUAGCUGGAAGAAACUGCCAUUGGUUGCAAUCUGAAGGUCAGGACAUGAGAUGAGUGGAAAGAUGAAAAAGAGGGAAAUCUGUGUGGCACAUGUACAGACCUCAAAUCAAAUGAGCUUUAUUUGUAUAGCACGUUUAAAAGACAUCAAGCGUCGGCUAAAGUGCUGAACAGAAGGAUAAUGUAGUCAAAAUAAAAGAAAGAAUUCAAAUAAAUGAGAUAAAAAAUUAACUUUCCCUGUGAACAUCUAAAUAAGGGGUUUCAAACAUAAAGCCUGUGGCUAGACACCAAUCCAGCCCACUGAACGGCUUAAGUUUCAUAAAUGCAGUUUUAUUGCUUAAAUACUUGUGCCAUGCCCAUUCAUACUACACCAAAUUAGAUAACCAAUAGACAAACAAUAAAUGUCUAUCUACUGCAAACAUUUCUGCGAAAAGGAUUUUUUAUGUCAUUUAAUAAAAACUUUGUUUCAUAAUUACAGGACAGUCUGGCCAAAGAGUUAUCACAACUUUGUCUGCAAUUUUACACAUUUAAUUCUUGCAAUUAAGCCCAAAGAAUCAUGCAGACCAAAGUUAUCACAGCUAACUAAAACUAGAUGUGAAAAAAAACAAAACAAAAACACUUUAGUUAACAAAUUUAAGACCUUUGAAAACCCCUGAAGUAGAAAGAUCUCUUGAACUUAUAAAAGUAAAAUAAAAAUAUAAAGAUAAUAAAUUCUGUAACUAUCUGUUAGUAUGGUAGAAAUCUGCUAACAACAUGCCUAAUUAUUCACUGGCAGGUGCUUUUAUUGAGACUCUGCACGUCUGCAAGAUUGAGCAUCAACUGUUUUUAUUAUAACACCUGUACUGACUUUCCUAAAUCUUGCCUUUGACAUAGGCCAUCCAUACAUUAAAAAAAUAUUUUAAAAAGGCUAAAACUGAAACUAAUAAAAACUAAACUAAAACUAAACAGUUCGGACAAUAAAAACUUUGAAACAAACAAAUAUAUUAAUAUAUAUAUAUUAAUGAAAUUACACAGCUUGGCCGGGGUGUACGCUGCAUCUUGCCCUGUGGUAGCAGAGAUAGCCUAACAUCUGUACAAUAUAGAGCAGGGGUAUCAAACAUAAGGCCCAGGGGCCAGAAUCAGCCCAGCAAAAAAUCCAAUAUGACCCACUGGAUGGCUUCUUGGAAAAUCUGAAGGAGGGGACAGAUUUCGGACUUUAACUGUAUUUUGAUAAGAUUUACAGCUUUUCCCACUGAUAAACACCCCCUCACCCAUACCACACUAAAAUAAGUAAACAAUAAGUAAUAUAUAAACAAUUAAAUGACAGAAAAGUUCCUGUCUUCCUUGUUCCUGAUAGAGACGUUCAUUAUCAUUUCAUUUGUACUGCAGUGAAGCCAAAACAUGGCUGACAUGGUCAUUUGCACUAAGAAUUACGGGAAUCUUGUAAGUAUGUUGCAAGUCAAGUAAUGAUGUGAUGGAGGGUGUUUCAGGUGCAACCAAAGUCUUUCAUUUUCAGGCCAAUCAUGUACCUGUGCAAACAUGUUUCUGCCACUGACAGAAAAAACAUGACAUACUGUACAUAUGCACGUGAGAUCCUUUAAUACUACUGUUGCAAUUCCUAGAUGUAUUUUUGACUGGAUUAGCUUCUUUUCUGAAGUAGUCAGAAAUUGCUUUGCUCAUCCUCCUGUGUAUUUACAAUACUAUGAAAAAGUCUUGAGUCUUCAUUUUCAGUCCAGUCCUUAUAUGAUGUGAUUGAAUGAAUUGGAUUCUUCUCCCCUUUAUAUGAUGUCUAAUAUUUAAUUGUUUAUUUUAUAACUUACCAGAUCAUAAAAACAGAAACCAUUUCUUCCUUUAACUUGCUAAUCCUCCCAUGAGAAAAGUCAUUCUCAGAGUUGGUAUUGCAGCAGCCAUAUGGAGAAGAAAUUCUUAAGACACAUAAAUUUAAAAAUAAAUCCAUAAAUGAAGAGAAAAUUAACAAUAAAUGACCCAAACACAGAGCAGUCAGCAGUGAAAAAGAAGCUAAGUUUUUAUUUCUUUUAAGUACCAUUUUUAGUAUCGCUGACAGGAUUGCUUACUCUGUGUAACCAGGUAGGAAACAACAGUGCACCUACCCUCCCCCCAGCUAUGAUCUCCACAAAUACUGGGAACAUUCCUUUAACCCACAGCUGAAAACAGGUUAAAAAACCCAGAACCGGAGCAAUAAAACAACAAAGAAAUUCUUAAAAAUGAACCCGGUUUUUAGUUGCUAUACCUGAAGUGAAAAUGGCAGAUAAGACACUUUUCCUCAAAGAGCUCGUGAGUAUAAUUAGUGAAAUAAAAGCAGCGGUGAAUAUACAGCAUCCUUUAACCAUCAGUUCAGUCAGUUCAUUUUAAAGUAGCUGUUUACAGAAGAAAUGUCUACUUUUUUAAAAUGUCAGUAAUAAGAGAAAUUAAAUAAUUCUAAGGGAAAGAAAGACGACUGAGCUGAAGGUGAAAUGGACUCCAUUUGCAGCAUAUUGAAAACACAUUUUGAGCAUGUAACUGAGGUACAAAGUGUUAAAAGCAUCCUUUUCUCAUUGCUUGCAGGACCAUACAGCGAGCUAGAAUCUAAGAAUCCACCUGUGUUAUCACCUCAAACCCAAAUUAAGUUAAAUGUUCUCACGCACUUUUUUCCCCCAACAACAUUUUGUGGCACUGAGUUGAGGCCAGAAAAGAAGAAAUAAUCACACUCACAAUUAAUAUAAAGUUACCCCUAAGAGCCAAUUUGCAUUGGAUUAACGCAAAGUGGAAACAAUGGGAAGCAGCUAGCCCAGCUUUAUCUAACAGAAUUAAAUGUUAUCCACUGGCACACUGACUAGCCAAGGGAGACAGAAGUGCUAAUUAGUAAUCUUCCCAGUGAUUAUGCUAAUCUUACCAGGCACUGGCUUUAUAAAGGUUUUUGAGGUCAUAUGCAA